AACUGAUAUCUCCAAUCUCUUCUUCCUCUUUGGCCUAAUCCCGUUUUCCACAACAGGACAAAUUCCCUCACCCAUAAAUUGCCUUCCCAUCCUCUCCUCCCAAAAAUUUCAAUCCCCUUCUCUCCCUCUUUCGCUCGCUUUUGCUUGCUUAUAACCUGUCUUGAUUGAGUGUGGGGUUCAUAGUUUCAAUUAGAUAUAGGCAUGAAGAACCCACAAUCAAGCUUGCCACCGGGUUUUAGGUUCCACCCCACAGAUGAGGAGCUCAUCCUCCAGUACCUUAAAAAGAAGAUUGCAUCUAUACCCUUUCCUGUUUCCAUCAUUGCAGAUGUUGAUAUCUACAAGUUUGAUCCAUGGGACUUACCAGCUAAGGCUGCGUUUGGAGAGAAAGAAUGGUACUUUUUUAGUCCUAGAGAUCGAAAGUACCCGAAUGGAGCUCGGCCUAACAGAGCAGCAGCUUCAGGGUAUUGGAAGGCAACUGGAACAGACAAGGUCAUAGUGGCAUCGUCAACAAUGCCUGCAGGUGGUGGUGGUGGUGGUGUGGGAGUGCAAGAGAACAUUGGUGUUAAGAAAGCUCUCGUCUUCUACAAGGGAAGGCCUCCAAAGGGAAUCAAGACUAAUUGGAUUAUGCAUGAAUAUCGCCUAGCUGAUGCCCUCGCCUACAACAUCAAACCUGUCAAACCUAAAGAUUCAUCUUCCACUGCAAUGAGGCUUGAUGAUUGGGUUCUUUGCCGGAUCUACAAGAAAACUCAUGCUUCACCUCCAUCAUCAUCAUCAGCGGCAGCAGCAGCUGCUAGUGAUCAUGAUCAAGAAGAAGAGGAGGAAGAAGAAGGAGAAGAACAAUUUGUUCAAGAAACCCAUUUGCCGAGCUUGAAGAACCCCUUAAGCAACAAAUCUCUCAUGCCCCAGAAAUCAUCUUCUUUCUCCAACCUACUGGACGCCAUGGACUACUCUAUAUUGCGAAGUUUCCUGUCAGAUAACCAGUUCAAUAAUCCAACUGGGUUUGAUUCAACCCCAUCAUCAGUAGUCAAUGGUGCAAUAACAGAGCAACCUCUCUUCAACAACUGCAAUCCUCAUACCAAUAGCGGCAGCAGCAGCUACUUGAUUCAAAAGCUACCCCAGUUGAGUACUCCAAUACCAAACAUGGAAAACAAGCUUAAGCGCCCAUUUCCUAGCAUUGAUGAGGAUAUGAAUCAUUACCCAUCAAAGAAACUCAUCAAUUCUUGCAGUUUCACCAACAGCAACAACCAAACUGAUAUGGCUUAUCAUCAAUACAAUGUCCUAAACCAGCCAUUAUUGAACCAGCAAUUACUUUUGAGCCCUCAUCUCCAGUUCCAGAGUUAAAAUUAACCAAAGGUUCUAAAAAUAUUCCAGGGGGAAAAAACAAAACAAAAAAUGAAGAUUAGGGUAAGCAGAAGAAGUUCCCAUUUCUUGUGUAUAGAAUGGAUGCUUGUAUGUGAUUUCUGUGCUGCAAAAUGACAAAAUUGAACUGCUUGGAUUUGGAUAUAUGGUAUCAAAAAGAAGAUACCAUUUUCGUAGUCAAAAUAAGUUGGAAAAAAUGGGUUGAUAUUUAUGGAAUUAUAUGCAAGAUUUUUGUAGAGAAUAUGUGCAAUAUACAAUAAUUAAAUUGGCAAAUUGGAUUUACAGUUUGAGGAA